CGUACGUCAUCUCCACAAGUAUACAAAUAAACUCAAAACUGCCUUAUUUGCCCCAAAAGAAAAAGUUUAAAUCCUGCAAUUUUCUCAAAAUCAGUUGUAUUAUUUUGUAUACAACCACAACUAUACAUCAAUAAGAUCAAUGGUUCGCAUACCAAUGAAUGACACAAGUACAAUUACAACUACAACCGUUGCUUAAAUUUGACCAACAAGAUGUGAGUUGUUCCAAAAUAACAAAAAUUAAAUAUGUACUACGUAUUUAGCUCGAGAAAAAUGAGGAAAUAAAACAUUUUUAUCAUUUAAUUUCUAAUUUUCCUCCUUUAUUUCCCUUUAAAUAAUUGAACGUACCGGCAGGGGAUAAUUCAAUAAAAUAAAAUACCCGAUGCCUCAAUUCUCACGCAUAUUCACUCGCGUCACGACCACAGAUCCUUGGAGCUGAGGCUGCGUGAGAGACACGAGCAAAAAAAUGCGUCGAGGGUGUUAGAUAAUGUGGGCAAUAUUGUUAUCUUUCUCCAUAUAACACUUUAAUUAUUAUUUUUUCCGCUUUCAUUUUUUCUCUUCCCUCUUCUUCUUGUUCUCAUUACAUAUCAAUCAACCCUAAAAAAAACUUAUCUUAUGAAUCUAUUAAGUAGAUCUCUAAUCUCUUUCCUACUAUUUAUAUAGACUCCUUUUGUUGUAGCCUACUUCUUGCAUAUUAACCCCUUGUGUCUCUCACAAUCCCACUAGUACUGAAACAUAGAGAUAGACUUAGCUCAAGAUAAGCUAAUUUGUUUUCACUCUAAUAUAGAGAGAGAGAGAAAGAGAUCGGAGAGGAAAAAAUGGCGGGAGGAAUAGGGCUGGGAGACACGACAUACACGAAGGUGUUUGUGGGAGGAUUAGCUUGGGAGACGCAUAAGGAGACGAUGAAGAAGCACUUUGAGCAGUUUGGAGAGAUUUUGGAAGCCGUAGUCAUCACCGACAAGGCCUCCGGUAGAUCCAAGGGCUACGGAUUCGUGACAUUCAGGGAAGCGGAGGCGGCGAGGAGUGCUUGUGUGGAUGCUACUCCGGUGAUCGACGGGAGAAGAGCAAAUUGCAACCUCGCCUCUCUCGGUCUUCAAAGAUCCAAACCCUCCACUCCUAACCAUGGAGGAGGAGGCAGGAUUAACAAUAUGAGAGUGAUGAUGAGCACAAUGCAGACUGGUUUUGGACCACCUCCACCACCACAACCACCCACCUUCACUCACUAUCCCCAUCUCCCUCUCAAUCUCUUUGGGUACUCUCCAUACUCGCCAGACUACUCAUCAUUCCCUACGAACUUAUACGGCAUGUACGGCUGCACUUCUGGAGGACAAUACGGAGUCUAUGGAAACAGAAACAGCGGAGGCGGUGGACUAACCGCAGCAGCCGCAUCCGCUACUCCUUUUUAUCCUUGUGGUGGAGGACAUGGUGGGGUCCAGUUCUCUCAACCACAACCAUUUUAUCAUCACUUGUCUUCUUAUAACCCUCACCAUUACUCUCCUCCGACCUUUUCUAUGCAACAAGUGUGUUUUGUUGUGCCACAGGCGUAACAGGCUUUCCGCUUCAACCACCUCUUAUUCCUUACCGUUAAAGAAGCUUAGAGUCUUUGGUAGCUAUCAAGCUUCAUAUCAUCAUCUUCUUCUUCUCAGGUCAAGAGCCAUUCUAUGGUUUAAAGGAUGCUCCUGGCUAAUCUCAGCACUUAGUUUCUCUCCCUCUGCUCUAAAAGCUACCCCAUUUUAUGGAAUUUGGAGGUGGCUUUUUAAGCAGAUCCCAAUGGGAUCUCCUGUUUCAGAUGGUGAUCAUGUCGUAUUUGUCAUCUCUCACCUUCUUGCAAUUGCAUCUUCUCGAGAGAAUGGGUUUCUCUUUGAGAGAUAUUGCUAAUGGAGCAUCAUCAUCAUCAAUCACUCAUGUGCCAAUCUCAAGCUGAUGCAUGUAUCAGCUUAAUUAGUUUAUGUUGUUUUAGCCUAAGGAUGGCUAAUCAACAAGACAAAGAAAAUGUCUGUUAGGAUAAUGUAAAAAAAAAAUCAAGCACCAAAACAAUUUUCUGUUUGAAAGACUGAAAAAACGAUUGCAUAAUUAAGCAAAAUGAUCAGCACAAAACCCUGCAAGCCUUUUUGUUGCAUCAACAUGUUUAGUAUCUUAAUUCUUAAAGACUUAGUCACUUAAGUCCUCAAGUCUCAGAUUAUGUUUCUUAAAUAAAAAUGCAUUACUCAAAUGUCUCUGUUUACUGUUACUAGUGGUUAAAAACUUUGGGGAGUAACAUCUCAUAACCUCCUAGAAUAUACUAUGCAAC